AUGCUUUCUUUCGCCAGUCUUGUCAGACUGUUCGUCGUGACGAGCGCCUAUGCUUCUGCAGCCGUAGGCCCCACUGCGAAUAUGUUCAUUGCGAACAAGAUCAUUGCUCCUGAUGGCUUUAAUCGCUCCGCUGUUUUGGCUGGCGGCGCCGCGAACGACCUCACAUUGCCCGGCCCAUUAAUUACCGGCUUCAAGGGUGAUACCUUCCGGCUCAAUGUCAUUGACCGCUUAACCGAUGCUACCAUGUUGAGGACUACCUCGAUUCAUUGGCACGGGUUCUUCCAGCGCGGAACCAGUUGGGCUGACGGUCCAAUUGGAGUCACACAGUGCCCUAUCACUCCCGGGAACUCUUUCUUGUAUCAGUUCUCUUCCACCAACCAAGCGGGCACAUUCUGGUAUCAUUCCCACCACUCCACACAAUACUGCGACGGCCUCAGAGGAGCGUUGGUUGUCUAUGACCGUCAGGACCCCCAUAGGAGAUUAUAUGACUUCGAUGAUGAGAGUACGGUUAUUACUCUUACUGAUUGGUACCACGUUGUGGCACCGUCCGCGGGUCUUGUCCCCACACCUGAUGCAACUUUGAUCAACGGGAUAGGACGUUACGCGGGUGGCCCGACUGUCCCUCUCGCGGUCAUUCGGGUCUUGCCAAAUAGACGCUACCGCUUCCGUCUCGCGUCAAUCUCCUGUGAUCCAAACUAUACGUUCUCCAUUGACGGGCACAAUAUGACCAUCAUCGAAGUCGACACUGUGAACACCGUCCCACUUGUGGUCGAUUCUAUCCAGAUCUUCGCUGGGCAGCGCUAUUCCUUUGUCCUGAACACCAACCGACCCGUCGCCAACUACUGGGUCCGCGCGGAACCAAACGUCGGCACCCAAGGUUUCGCCGGUGGGAUCAAUUCUGCCAUUUUGAGAUAUUGGGGCGCACCUGCCGCUGAUCCAAACACGACCUCGACGCUUAGUAAUCCUAUGCUGGAGACGAAUUUGGUUCCGCUCUCAGGGGUCAGGGCACCUGGCGUCGGACAAGUUGGUGCCGCGGACGUCAACAUCAACUUCGACAUUGUAUUCAACUUCACCGAUCUGCGGUUCAGGGUCAAUGGCGCGACUUUUGCUCCGCCGAGCGUUCCUGCUCUCCUGCAAAUUAUGAGCGGCGCGAGGACCCCCGCAGAAUUGCUUCCGGCGGGCUCUGUUUAUGUUCUGCCUCCCAACAAGGUGGUCGAGCUCUCCCUUCCUGGGGGGGCUGUUGGAAGCCCACAUCCCAUCCACCUUCAUGGACACACCUUUGACGUUGUUCGUAGCGCCGGAAGCUCCGUCUACAACUACGCCAACCCGAUCAAACGCGACGUGGUCAGCAUUGGUGCCGCUGGCGACAAUGUCACCAUUCGUUUCAAAACGGACAAUCCGGGACCUUGGAUCAUGCACUGCCACAUUGACUGGCAUCUUGAAAUCGGCCUGUCAGUGGUGUUUGCCGAAGACGUUGACACACUGAGCCUAGCCAGUCCUCCUACCACCUGGAGCCAACUCUGCCCCAUUUACGACGAGAGCGAACUUCCGUAA